AUGUCCAUGGCCUCAAAGGCUCUCCUUAGACAAAGACAACGUGGGCAAUCUCUAGAUCUCUUUUCAAAGUCUAGAGAUCAAUGGAAUUGGUCGUUGACUCAUCUCCAGCGGCUGUCACCCGACGGAGCAAAAAAAUGGCAACUUUGUGGCUCUCUGGCGGCUGUCACCCGACGAAGAGGAGUUGGAUGGAGGUGGGGCACGUGUCAGGGAGCUUCAUCCUCAGGUCUGCACAACAAGAGGAGGCUCUUCAUCGCAUCUGGUAUGCUCUCAAGCGGUGGCGACUCGUCUCCUGAUGGAUUGUCCUCUUCUCGAUGACGGCUUGUUCGUUGAUCAAUUAGAGAUGAUUUACUCAAUAGAUUUGUGAUCCUUUUAUCGCAAAUCGUUUAGCAAUUUUAGUAGCAAUGCUUCGGGAAUCGCGUUGAUGAGAUUUUCACUGAUGAUCCAAUAAUUCUCCUUGCUUAAUCCUUCACCGACGAUCUGUAGGAAAGUCACGAUAAUUAGAUAAAAAUAAAUGACUUUUGACUCUAGAAGGACUCGAACCUACGCUGGUCGCCUACUUCUUCUGAGGAAGGUGUGACGUGGGUUUACUCCCAUAUCGGUUGUGCGCCGAUUUUUCGGGCAAAUAUAUAGUAAUGUUAACUUUCUAAGCAAAGUCCCUUCUCUCGCAUGUACGACCACUCCUUGUCCUACAACUGGCUGGCCACUAGUGAUGUGGAAGGGGAGUAGUGCACACGUGCCCCUAUUGGUCCAAGCCGCUCGAGCCCUUGCUCAUGACUACUCUUCGACUGAGCUUCUGACCCGCUUGCAGGUCCCCCGUUUUGUAAUAUUUUAGUUUUAUUUCUUUUUCUUCAUUUAUCUCAAAGUAAGAUUGUAAAAAUCAUAUAAAUUCAUAUAAAAUCACAUAAUUACCCAAAAAAUCAUAUUAAUCAACUAAAAACCACUUUUCACACUUUAACACAAAUAUAAGUCUAUUUAUCAUGAGUUAAGGCUAAAACUAUAUUAUUUACUAAUUAUUAACUCAUGAUAAUGAAAACUUAUCUUACCCCUCAACUUAAAUCAUUGCUAGUCCCUUAGUAAUGAAGUUAUAAAAAUUAAAAUUUACAAAUCUCAAACAUCAUAUUUCAAUAUAGAAAGAAAAAAAAUACAAUUAGAAAUGAUGCACCUUUAGACACUUUGGAUUCUUAUAUCAAGUAUUUAAGAAUAAUGUCAAGCACUUAAAUGUUUAAAUAUUCUUUGGAAUAACAAUCUAGACUUCACUUCUUCUAUUUAUAUCUUUAUCCCUUCUUCACUCAUAGAUGUAUUUACAAGAUGUUCCAAUUAUCAAUACUCAUCUAAGAAUAAUAUUGAUCCUACAUUUCUCUUUUUCUAUGACUUGAUUUUUGAAGUUUGUACCAUAUUUCUUCUUUCUCUUUUUUUUUUUAUAUAUAGUGGAUAAGUAGCUUUUCUUGUAGACAAAUUUCGACAAUAAGAAUGAUGUCUCACACCCUCCAUAUAUACUCUUCAUUUUCAGGGCUUUCACUUUAUCCACUUAUUUUGCAGUAAGUGUUUUUCUAUACACGAUUUUCAACAAUGAGAAUGAUGUCUCAUGCCCUCCAUAUGUACUAUUCAUUUCUAGAUUUUUCACAUUGCUCUCUCUUUUUUUUUUUUGAAAAUAAGUGAUUUUUCCUCACAAGUCCUAUAGAUCAGGGUGCAAAAAUUUCCAUUAAACUCAAAUGAUAAAUCAAAUUUUCACAUCAAGUAAAUAUUAUCCAUCAAAAUCAUGAAGUGAAAAUCUGUUAAAUCAAAUCCAUGCUAUCUAUCAUGUAUCCAAGGAGUAUUCCAACAUUUCAUACUAUUGGAUCAUUCUUUUGACUCAAUAAUAAUCUUCCUAGUAUCUUUUGGUAUCAAUCAAUCUAAUUGAUUUAAUUUUUCAUGCAUGCAAUAUGAUGUAAGAGAUUUGUAAAUUAGAUAGUUCUGAUAGUUCUGUUUUCUAUUUUCAAUUCUAUUUUUAGCAGUAAUAAAUUUGUCAAAAAUAAAUCAAAACUAUCCUCUUUAUAGCUAUAAUUUCGAAUUCCAGUAAUAUAGGUCUAGGGGAUUGAAAUGUGAUAAAAGGGUCUCUAGAAUUUCAAAUUUUGGGCUAUUUUUUGUCUACUGUUUUUGACAAUCUGUUGUUCCUAACAGAAAACCAGAAAAUAGAUGUUGUAGUUUUUCCAAAUUUUAUUUUAUUUUUUAUUUUUUUAGUCACUGUUCUAAGUUGAAUAAAAUGCAAACACAUGUUCUUAAUCGUCCUACAACAUAAAUUAAUAAUGAAUACUUCACCCCUGAACUUAAAAAUGGCAUUGUCUUCAAUGACACAAAAAACUCGAAAUAGAAUAUGCAGAAAAUAUAAUUUUCAAGUGAAGCAUGUAUAUAUGUAAAGUUUAGCAUUAAAAAUAUUGUCAUAAAUGAUAAAGCUCUAAAAGAUAUCACCUCAACCUCAUUUUUAAUUUUCUACUUCAUCUUACACACCUCCUCCUAUAACAAAUAUAGAAAUAAGUACUGCAAAAUGCUAAGAAAAAUAGAGCUAAAAAAAAUCAAACAAAAUGAAAUAAAAACCAUGGGUUGCCUCUCAUGCAGCACUGAAUUUAAUGUCUCUAGUUAGACUCCUUGAUCUUACUCUUGAAUUUUUUUUAGUAAUAAUUUUUUUUUUCUGCAAGGCGUUCAUGUUCUAUGUAAUGUUUAAGCCAUUGUCCAUUUACCUUAAAGUUAUGAUCACUUUUAGGAUCUUUAAUCAUUACAGCCCUAUGAUCAUAUGUCUCGUCCACCACAUAAGGCCCUUUUCAUUUUAAUUUUAAUUUUCCUGGGAAUAAUUUCAGCCUAGAAUCAUAUAACCACACUUUUUGUCCAACAUCAAAUUUUUUUCUGCUAAUGUAUUUAUCAUGAAAGGUUUUAGUUUUUUCUUUAUAUAUUCUAUGAUUUUCAUAAGCUUCAUUCCUCAACUCCUCUAGUUCACGUAGCUGAAAAAUUCUAUGCCCACUAGCUGAUUUUUCAUCCAUACAUAAUUUUUUUAUAGCCCAUAAUGCUUUAUGCUCUAUUUCCACAAGAAGAUAACAUGGCUUUCCAAAGAUGAGACGAAAUGGGGACAUACCUAUGAGAUUUUUAUAAGUUUUUCUAUAAGCUCAUAAUGAAUCUUGUAAUUUCGUGGGUCAAUCUUUUCUAUCUAGUCUAACUAUUUUUCUCAAAAUUCUCUAAAUUUCUUUAUUUGCUACUUCAGCUUGCUCAUUUAUUUGGGGAUGAUAUGGAGUGGUUACUCUAGUGUACUCUAUUCUUUUUCAACAGUUUCUUAAAAUGUUUAUUUGUAAAAUGUGUUCCUCCAUCACUAAUAAUCACUCUAAGACAUCCAAAUCUCGAAAAAAUAUUUUUCUGCACAAAUUUCAUCACGAUUUUAUGAUCAUUAGUUCUAGUAGAAAUAGCUUCCACCCAUUUCGACACAUAAUCAACAGCAAGAAAAAUAUAUUUAUAUUUUCUAGCUGAUGGGAAGGGACCCAUGAAAUCUAUUCCCCAUACAUCAAAAAUUUUGACUACUAACAUGUUACUUAUGGGUAUUUCAUCUUUUUUACUCAUGUUACUUAAAGAUUUGCAUGAAAUACAUGUUCUACUAAAUUCUAUAGAAUCUCUAAUGACUGUAGGCCAAUAAAAACCACACUGAAAAAUUUUUACAGUUAUUUUUCGUCCAGAGAAAUGUCCUCCACAGCUAGAUGAAUGGCACAUGUUAAUAAUGCUAUGGUAUUCUUCUUCAAGAACACAUCUCCUUAAAAUUUGAUCAUUGCCCAAGUAAUAUAAAUCAGGAUCAUCCCAAAAAUAAUUUCUAGUCUUAGAAAAGAAAUGAUGUUUUCAAUUCUUAUCCCACUAUUCUGGAGUUUUUCCAGAAACUAGAAAAUUAACAAUAUGUGCAUACCAUGGUGAUGGUUGAUGUUGAGCUAUCAUCAAUUGCUCAUCUAGAAAUAUAUCUUGUAAGGUGCUACAUUUAUUCUUGUAUCACUUUAUCUAGAAAGAUGGUCAGUAACAAUAUUCUCAAAACCUUUUUUAUCUUCUAUUUCUAAGUCAAAUUCUUGCAACAAUAAAAUCCAUCUUAAUAAAUGUGGCUUUGCAUCUUUCUUAUUUAACAAAUAUUUUAAUGCUGCAUAAUUAGUAUAAAUAAUAAUUUUAGCUCCCAAAAUAUAUGAUCUAAACCUUUCUAAUGAAAAUACUACAGUUAACAACUCUUUUUUAGUUAUGAUAUAAUUUAAUUGAACAUCGGAUAUAUUUUUACUAGCAUAUGAAAUUACUAUGGGUUUUGAUUCUUUUGUUUAUCCUAGAACAGCCCCCACUGCAUAAUUUGAUGCAUCAAACAUUAUUUUAAAAGGGAGGGACCAAUCAGGAGCUUGUAAAAUAGGUGCCUCAAUAAGUAAUCUUUUUAUUUUGGAGAAAGAUUCAAAACAUUUCUCAUCAAAAUUAAAAGGCACAUCUUUAGAUAAUAGCAUGCUGAGAGGUUUAGAAAUUUUUGAAAAAUCUUGAAUAAAUUUUCUGUAAUAACCUACAUGACCCAAGAAAGAUUUAAUCUGUUUUUUUAAAUUUGGAGGUUUCAUUUUAGAUAUAAUAUCAAUUUUUACUCUAUCCACGUCUAAACCCCUUUCACUCACAAUAUGACCCAACACAACUCCCUCUCUAACCAUAAAAUGUGAUUUCUCCCAACUCAAAACUAACUUUUUCUCUAUGCAUUUCUCAAGUACAUGCUGUAAAUGAUUUAAGUAUUCAUCAAAUGAUUCACCAAAAAUAGAAAAAUCGUCCAAAAAAAUUUUCAUAUAUUUUCUAAUCAUAUCAAAAAAAAUAAACAGUAUACAUCUUUGAAAUGUGGCUAGAGCAUUACACUGGUCAAAAGGCAUGCAUUUAAAAGCAAAAGUACCAAAUGGACAAGUGAAAGUUAUUUUUUCUUGAUCUAAAGGGUUUAUAUAAAUUUGAUUAUAACCAGAGUAUCCAUCUAGAAAAUAAAAAAAGUUUUUUCUAGCUAAGUUUUCUAGAAUUUGAUCAGUAAAUGGUAGGGGAAAAUGAUCUUUUCUAGUAACUGAAUUUAAUUUUCUAUAAUCAAUACAAACCCUCCAACCGGUAGUUAAUCUUGUUUGUAUUUCAUCCCCAUUUUUGUUUUUUAUAAUCGUGAUCCUUUAUUUUUUUGGCACUAUUUGUGUAGGACUAACCCAUUUGCUAUCUAAAAUAAGAUAAAUAAUAUCAGCAGCCAGCCACUUUAAAAUUUCUUUUUUUACAAUUUCCAUCAUGUUAGGAUUUAAUCUUCGUUGUGGUUCCCUACUAGUUCUAGCCCCCUCCUCUAGAUAUAUAUUAUGCAUGCAUACACUCAUAUCAAUGCCUCUUAGAUCAUCUAUUUUCCAGCCUAUGGCCUUCUUAUUUUUUCGAAGUACAUCUAAUAAUUUUUCUUCCUGAUCAUCACUCAAAUCAGUUGCAAUAAUAAUAGGAAAUGAAUUAUUUUUCUCCAAAAACAUAUAUUUUAAACUAGAGGGAAGAGGUUUCAACUCUAAAUUCAGAUGAUUGUCCUCUUUCUUUUCUCUCAAAUUUAUAUUCUCUAUUUCCUCUAAUUCUUCCAGCACAUAGUGAUCAAUAACAUCUGAAUCAUCAAAAUCAUCUAGAAGAUCUAUGGUAUGACAAUUAUAUACUUGUGAUUUCUUAAGAUCAUUUGGUACCUCAAAAAUUUUAAUUUCUACUGAUUGAUCUCCACAUGAAAUUUUCACAAUACUUGUAGGAAAAUCAAUAUUCAUCUUUACUAUAUGCAAAAAUGGUCUCCCUAAGAUAAUUGGUCUAUCAUAAAACUGUCCAUUAAAAUUUAUUUCUAACAAUACAAAAUCAGCUAGAAAUUUACACCCUUUAACUAUUACUAUCACAUUUUUUAAAAUAUCUUUAGGAUGUUUUAUUGAUCUAUCAGCAAAUUAUAAGGUAACAGUAGAAAGUUUAAGAUCAAAAAUAUUAAAUUUAUCACAAAUACUUGCAAGUAAUAAAUUAAUACUAGCACCGGUGUCAAGUAAUGUAUUCUGGAAAAUAGAUCUACUAAUAUCACAUGAAAUUAAAGGGGCACCUAUAUCUCUCAAUUUAUAUGGUAAUUGAUUUAAUAAUAAUGCACUAGCAUGCAUAGAUAAUUUUUCUACUCUAGGUGCCCUUUUUGGUGUACACAUUUCUUUCAAAACUCUAGCAUAUUCAAGAAUAUGUUCAAUAGUAGUGAGUAAAGGAAAACUAAUUUGCACAUCUUGUAAAAUUUUCUUUAUUUCUUCAUUGUGUUCCUUUUUCUUUCUUUGUCUAGGCUCUAAAACUUUAGGAAAUGGAAUGAUUGUCUUCUCUUUCGAAAUUUUCUUGGUAGAAUCUAUAAAAUCAUCUUCUACUCCUAUUUGAUUUUGUUUUGGGUUGUCCACGUUUUCUUUUUCUUCUAAUGUUUGGGGAUAAAGAUCAAGUAAAAUCUUACUACUCCUUAAUGCAUUCACUGUCCUAACAUUUUCAUUUCGCAAGUUUUUUCUUAAUUUCAUGCUACUAGACUCCCCUUGCUAAAAUCCUAUUGUUGGGCGAUUCUCUAGAUUUUCUAUUGGCUGACUAGGUAGCUGUCUCUCUUCUCUCUUAUUCUCAAGGGCCUCUAUAAUUUGUUUUUGGUGCUGCAUCAUUUGAUUCAUAGUUUGUUGCAUCAUUUGGCUCAUUUGCUGCAUCAUUUCCAUAGUAUCAAGUUGGAUUUGAGAGGGCUGAUUUUUCUAAAAUCUAUUUUCUUGUUUUGGACGAAAUUCAGAGUUUGAAUUGGGUCUAAGUGCUUUUGAAUUUUUAAUAUUAUUUGGAUCUCUCUAUGAAAAUUUAUUUCUCCAAUUAGGAUUAUAAGAAUUUGAAAAAGGUUCCCUAUUUCUAUUAAAACCGUGAGCUACUUGCACUUGUUCUUGCUUAGGGUAAAAUGAUUGAUCUAAAUUAUAACAUUAAAAUUCAGAAUAAUCGUUCUCACCAUACAUAGGACAUGUAAUAUUUGAAUUAAAUUGAGGGUUAAAAAGCUUUCUAGUAUUGUCAAUAAGUAAAUCAAGUUUUUUUAAUCUUUGAUUAAUCUAAUUAACCUCAUUUCUAAGUUUAGAAUCAUCAUCAUGAUGCAAUUCAUAAAUUCCUCUCUUCUUAUCAUUGUCAUAUAAUUCAAAAGAGGCUUGAUCUCUAGAAUUUUCACUUAAAUUCUCAUAAAGAUUGUAAAUCUUAGUAGGAGUUUUCUCCAUAAAAGCUCCUCCACAUAUAGAAUCAACCAUAUUUCUAUGUUGUUCUAAUAAUCUAUCAUAAAAAUUUUUAUUAAACUACCACUUGAGUAUAGCAUGAUGAAGACACUUUCUAAGUACAUCUUUGAAUGUUUCUCAUGUCUCAUGUAAAUUUUCUUCUAGUCUUUAAGAAAAACUCUAUAUAUGUUUUCUCAUAUUUUGGGUUUUUUCUAAGAGAUAAAAUUUUCGAAGAAAGGCCUAUUCUACAUCUUUCCAGCUAGUUAAUUCUCUAUCUAAUGUGGAUAACCAAUGGCUAGCUUUGUCCCUAAGUGUAUGAGGAAAUAAUUUCAUCUUAAUAAUUUCUGGUGUAACUUGAAGAGAUUAACUAAAUCACAGACCAUAUGAAAUUUUUCUAAGUGCUGAUGAGGUUCCUCUAAAGGCAAUCCAUGAAAAUUAAAGAGCAUUUGAAAAAUUCUAAGAUUUAUUUCAAAUUUAACAGGGAUAUAAUAUUUGAUGCUCUUUGAAAUGAAUCAAGGAUGUAAUAAUUUUUCAUGGCCGUAGAAUUGUUCUCAGUUUGACCUGUACUUCCUUCAGGAUGCAUCAAAAUUAAUUUUUCUUUCAGAUUUUUAGUCUUGAAUGAAAUAAUGAAAGGAUUUUCUAGCUUUGGAUGCAAAGAUCUUCAACCAUGUAUAAAAAAAAUCAAUAAAUUUGAAGAAAAAGUUUAUUAAUUGUUACCCUCCUUUAGUAUGCUCUAGUCCUUACCUUGCUUCUUUUCGUUCCCUUUUUCUUAAAAAAAAAUCAGCAAAAAGAAAAUAAAAUAAGAGUUAAUUUUUUUUUAUGUACUCUAAGAGAAAACUAGAAAAAUACUAAAUAUUAUGCAAUACAUCCCCGGCGCCAAAAUUUGACGUGACUUAGUCAUUGUAUAUUAAAUCACGCAAAUAUAAAAUUUAUAAAGCUAGAAAAUAUGAAUUUUUAGAUAUUUAGAAGUAUUUUUGAACAAAUAUAUCAAUUAUAAUUCAAUAAAAGUUCCAAAAAUAGCGGUAAUUUUCUAGGUCAAUUAUAGGGAUGUAAUACAAUAUCUAGUAGUUAUUCAAAAAAAAAUUCAAUAAAUAGGAGUUUUUAUAAAUUUUAUAUUAGGAAAUGAAAAGGAAAUAUAUUUAAAAUUCACGAAAAAAGGGAAAUAAGGGUGUGGACAUCAAGAUGACAUCAAUGCCCAGUGAACACGAAUUGGGCAGAAAUAGAGUUCUGCUUGGCGAUUCUUAUGUAAGCAAUUAUAGACAAUUACAUCUAGAUCUCCUUUCGAAGUCUAGAGAUCAAUGGAAUGGGUCGUUGACUCGUCUCCGGCAGCUGUCAUCAGGCAGAGCGAAAAAACAACUACUUUGCGGCUCUCUGGCGGCUGUCACCCAAUGGAGAGGAGUUGGAUGGAGGUGGGGCACAUGUUAGGGAGCUUCAUCUUCAAGUCUGCGUAGCAAGAGGAGGCUCUUCAUCACAUCUGGUAUGCUCUCAAGAGGUGGUGACUCCUCUCCUGGUGGAUCAUCCUCUUUCCAACGACGGCUUAUUUGUCAAUCAAUCAGAGAUGAUUUACUCGAUAGAUUCGAGAUCUUUUUAUCGCGAAUCGUUCAACAAUUUUAGUAGCAAUGCUCUGCAAAUCACGUUGAUGAGAUUUUCAUUGAUGAUCUAGCAAUUCUCGUUGCUUAAUCUUUCACCAACGAUCUGUAGGAAAGUCACGAUGAUUAGAUAAAAAUAUAUGACUUUUGACUCUAGAAGGACUCGAACUUGCGCUGGUCGCCCGCCUCUUUUGAGGAAGGUGUGACACGGGUUUAGUCCCAUAUCGGUUGUGUGCUGAUAAGUCUUCAUUAUCAUGAGUUAAUAAUUAGUAAAUAAUAUAGUUUUAGCCUUAACUCAUGAUAAAUAGACUUAUAUUUGUGUUAAAGCAUGAAAAGUGGUUUUCAGUUGAUUAACGUGAAUUUUUGGGUAAUUAUGUGAUUUUAUACGAUUUUUACAGUCUUAGUUUUGAGAUAAAUGAAGAACAAGAAAUAAAAAUAAAAAUAUUGCAAAAUGGGGGAGAUCCGCCGGCCAGCCGGGCCCGCAAGCGGGUCGGAAGCGCAGUCGGGGAGUAGCCGCGAGCAGGGGCUCGAGCGGCUUGCUUGGAUCGAUAGGGGCACGUGUGCGCCACUCCCCUUCCACGUCACCGGUGGUCAGCCGGCUGUGGGGCAAGGAGUGGUCGUACACGCGAGAGGACUUUGCCUACAAAGCUAACUUUACUAUAUAUUUGCCCGAAUAAUCCGCGUACAACCGAUGUGGGACUAAACCUUCAGGGGCGGGCGACCGCCGCAGGUUCGAAUCCUCCCAGAGUCAAAAUUCAUAUAUUUUUAACUGAUUAUCGCGACUUUCCUGCAGAUCGCCGGUGAAGGAUUAAGCAACCGGAAUCGCUGGAUCAUCGGCGAAAAUCUCGUCAACGCGAUUCGCGGAGCAUUGCUACUAAAAUUUCUGAACGAUUCGCGAUAAAAGGAUCGCAAUCCAUCGAGUAAAUCAUCUCCGAUUGAUCGACGAACAAGCCGUCGUCGGGAAGAGGACGAUCCGCCGGGAGACCAGUCGCCACCUCCUGAGAGUGUACCAGAUGCGAUGAAGAGCCUCCUCUUGCUGCGCGGACCUGAGGAUGAAGCUCCCUAACACGCGCCUCACCUCCAUCCAGCCCCUCUCCGUCGGGUGACAGCCGCCGGAGAGCCGCAAAGUCGCCGUUUUUCCGCUCCGCCGGGUGACAGCCGCCGGAGACGAUUCGACGACCCACUUCAUUGGUCUCUAGACUUCGCGAGAAGAUCUAGAGAUUGCCCACGUCGUCUUUGUCCAAGGAGAGCCUUCGAGGCCGUGGACACUGCACGACGAUCCUCCCGAACGCUCAGGAUUCCGGUGCAUCGCCGACGCAUCGUCGUCGCGACGCCGAACUCUGUUUUCCUGCUUUCAAUUUAAUUUACGCUUCAUUUAGUGAUACUUUGUUGAUUUUAAUUUACCAAACUAUACUUCGUUCAAUUACGAUUCUUCCGGCUUUUACAGAUCUUAAUUUGAUUAAUUGAGUCGUCUGUAAUCGCCUACGUAAGAAUCGCCGGGCGGAACUCUGUUUCCGCCUGAUUCGCGUUCGCCGGGCGCUGACGUCAUCCUGACGUCCGCACCCUUAUUUCCUCUUUUUUUUGUGAAUUUUAAAUAUAUUUCCUUUUUAUUUCAUAGUAUAAAAUCCGUAAGAAAAUCGUACUCAUUGAGAAAAAUUCUGAAUAAUUACCAGAUAUUAUAUUACAUCCCUGUGAUCGACCUGGAAAAUUACCACUAUUUUUGAGAUUUUUAUUGAAUUAUAAUUGAUCUAUUUAUUUUGAAAUACUUCUAAAUAUCCGAAAAUUCGUAUUUUCUAGUUUUAUAAAUUUUAAAUUUGCGUGAUUUAACAUACAACGACUGAGUCACGUCAUGUGCCGAUUUUUUGGACGAAUAUAUAGUAAUGUUAGCUUUCUAAGCAAAGUCACUUCUCUCGCAUGUACGACCACUCCUUGCCCCACAAUCGGCAGGCCACUAGUGACGUGGAAGGAGAGUGGUGCAAACGUGCCCCUAUCGGUCCAAGCCGCUCGAGCCCCUGCUCGCGGCUACUCCUUGACUGAGCUUCCGACCCACUUGCAAGUCCCCCCGUUUUACAAUAUUUUAGUUUUAUUUCUUUUUCUUCAUUUAUCUCAAAGGUAAGACUGUAAAAAUCAUAUAAAUUCGUAUAAAAUCACAUAAUUACCCAAACAAUCACAUUAAUCAACUAAAAACCACUUUUCACACUUUAACACAAAUAUAAGUCUAUUUAUCAUGAGUUAAGGCUAAAACUAUAUUAUUUACUAAUUAUUAACUCAUGAUAAUGAAGACUUAUCAGAAUGCUAUGAUAUUCUUCUUCACAAACACAUCUCCUUAAAAUUUGAUCAUUGCCUAAGUAAUAUAAAUCAGGAUCAUGCCAAAAAUAAUUUAUAAUCCUAGAAAAGAAAUGGUGUUUUUUAUUCUUAUCCUAUUAUUUUGGAAUUUUUCUAGAAACUAAAAAAUUAAUAAUAUGUGCAUACCAUAGUGAUGGUUGAUGUUGUGCUGUCAUCAAUUGUUCAUUUGGAAAUGCAUCUUGUAAAGGUACUACAUUUAUUCUUAUAUCACUCAAUCUAGAAAGAUGGUCAAUAACAACAUUCUUGGAACCAUUUUUAUCUUUUAUUUCUAAAUCAAAUUCCUAUAAUAAUAAAAUCAAUCUUAAAAAAUAUGGUUUUGCAUCUUUCUUAUUUAAAAAAUAUUUUAAUACUACAUGAUUAGUAUAAAUAAUAAUUUUAGCUCUCAAAAUAUAUGAUCUAAAUCUUUCUAAUGAAAAUACUAUAGCUAAUAAUUCCUUUCAGUCGUGAUAUAAUUUAAUGGAGCAUCGAAUAUAGUUUUACUAGCAUAUGAAAUUACUUUAGGUUUUCACUCUUUUCUUUAUCCUAGAAUGACUCCCACUACAUAAUUCGAUGCAUCACACAUUAUUUCAAAGAGAAGGGACCAAUCAGGAGUUUGUAAAAUGGGUCCCUUAGUCAGUAAUCUUUUUAUUUCAGAAAAAGAUUCAAAACAUUUCUCAUCAAAAUUAAAAGGCACAUAUUUAGAUAAUAACAUGAUGAGAGGCUUAGAAAAUUUUGAAAAAUCUUGAAUAAAACUUCUAUAAUAACUUACAUGAUGCAAGAAAGAUCUAAUCUAUUUUACUGAAUUUCAAGGUUUCAUUUUAGAUACAAUAUCAACUUUUACUUUAUCUACCUCUAAACCCUUUUCACUCAUAGUAUGACCUAACACAACUCCCUUUCUAAUCCUAAAAUGUGAUUUCUUCCAACUCAAAACUAAUUUUUUCUCUAUACAUAUCUCAAGUACAUGCUGUAAAUGAUUUAACAUUCAUCAAAUGAUUCACCAAAAAUAGAAAAUCGUCCAUAAAAGUUUUCAUACCUUUUCUAGUCAUAUUAGAAAAAAUAGACAACAUACAUCUUUGAAAUGUGGCUGAAGCAUUAUGUAGACCAAAAGGCAUGCAUUUAAAAGGAAAAGUACCAAAUGGACACAUGAAAGUUAUUUUUUCUUGAUCUAAAGGGUUUAUAUAAAUUUGCUUAUAACUAGAGUAUUCAUCCAAAAAAUUAAAAAAAAAAAUUCCAACUAAUUUUUCUAGAAUUUGAUCAAUAAACGGUAGGAGAAAAUAAUAUUUUAUAGUAACUGAAUUUAAUUUUUAUAAUCAAUGCAAACCCUCCAAAAAGUAAUUAACCUUGUUUGUAUUUCAUCCUCAUUUUCGUUUUUUAUAAUUCUGAUCUCUUAUUUUUUUGGCACCACUUGUGUAGGAUUAACCUAUUUGUUAUGUGAAAUAGGAUAAAUAAUUUUAGCAGCCAGCCACUUUAAAAUUUCUUUUUUUACAAUUUCCAUCAUGUUAGGAUUUAAUCUUCGUUAUAGUUCCUUGCUAGUUCUAGCCCCCUCCUCUAGAUAUAUACUAUGCAUGCAUACACUCAUGUCAAUGCCCCUAAGAUCAUCCAUUUUCUAACCAAUAGUCUUCUUAUUUUUUUGAAGUACAUCUAAUAAUUCUUCUUCUUAUUGAUCACUUAAACAGCUGCAAUAAUGAUAGGAAAUGAAUUAUUUUCCUCCAAAAAACAAAUAUUUAAAACUAGAGGGAAGAGGUUUCAACUCUAAAUUUAGAUGAUCUUCUUCUUUCUUUUCUCCUCUAAUUCUUCCAACAUAGUCAUCAAUAACAUCUAGAUCAUCAAAAUCAUUUAAAAGAUCUACGAUAUAACAAUCGUAUACUUGAGAUUUCUUAAGAUCAUUUGAUACUUCAAAAAUUUUAAUUUCUACUGAUUUAUCUCCACAUGAAAUUUUCACAAUACUUGUGAGAAAAUUAAUAUUCAUCUUUAUUAUAUGCAAAUAUGGUCUCCCUAGGAUGAUUGGUGUAUUAUAAAACUGUCCAUUAAAAUCAAUUUUCAACACUAUAAAAUCAGUUUAAAAUUUACUCCCUUUAACUAUCACUAUCACAUUUUCUAAAAUACCUUUAGAAUGUUUUAUUGAGUUAUCAUCAAAUUGUAAGGUAAUAGUAAAAGGUUUAAGAUCAAUAAUAUUAAAUUUAUCACAAAUAUUAGUAGAAAAUAAAUUAAUACUAGCACCAGUGUUAAGUAAUAUAUUCUGAAAAAUGAAUCCACUAAUAUCACAUGAAAUUAAAGGGGCCCUGGUAUCUCUCAAUUUAUAUGGUAAUUGAUUUAAUAAUAAAACACUAGCAUGGAUAGAUAAUUUUUCUACUCUAGGUGCCCUUUUUGGUGUACAUAUUUCUUUCAAAACUCUGCAUAUUUAGGAAUAUGUUCAAUGGUAGUAACUAAAGGAAGACUAAUUUGCACAUCUUGUAAAAUUUUCUUUAUUUCUUCAUUGUGUUCUUUUUUCUUUCUUCGUCUAAGCUCUAGAGCUUUAUGAAAUAGAAUGGUUGUCCUUUCUUUUGAAAUUUCCUUUGUAAAAUCUAUAAAAUCUUCUUCUACUCCUAUUUGGCUUUAUUUUCGACUGUCCAUGUUUUUCUUUUCUUCUAAUGUUUGGAGAUAAGGAUCAGGUAAAAUUUCUCCACUCCUUAAUACAUUCACUGUCCUAACAUUUUUAUUUUGUGGGUUUUUUCUUAGAUUCAUGCUACUAGACUCCUCUUGCUGAAAUCUUAUUGUUAAGCGGUCCCCUAGAUUUUCUCUAGGCUGACUAAGUAGUUGCCUCUCUUCUCUCUUAUUCCCAAGAGGCUCUACAAUUUGUUUCUACUGCAACAUCAUUUGAUUUAUAGUUUGUUACAACAUUUGACUCAUUUAUGGCAUCAUUUCUAUAGCAUUAGGUUAGAUUUGGGAGGGCUGAUUUUUCUGAAAUCUAUUUUUCUAUUUUGGACAAAAUUUAGAGUCUAAAUUAGGUCUAAGUGCUUCUGAAUUUUGAAUAAUAUUUAGGUCUUUCAUGAAAAAUUAUUUCUCUAAUUAGGAUUAUAAGAAUUAAAAAAAACUCUCUAUUUUUAUUAAAAUCGUGAGCUACUUGCACUUAUCCUUGCAUAAGGUGGAAUGAUUGAUCUAAAUUAUAACAUUGAAAUUUAGAAUAAUCAUUUUCAUCAUACAUAGGACAUGUACUAUUUGAAUUAAAUUGAGGGUUAAGAGGCUUUCUAAUAUUGUCAAUAAGUAAAUUAAGUUUUUUUUAAUAUUUAAUUAAUCUGAUUAACCUUAUUUCGUAAGUUAGAAUCAUUUUGAUGAUGCAAUUCAUAAAUUCUUCUUUUCUUAUCUCUAUCAUAUAAUUAAAAAAAGGCUUGAUAUCUAAAAUUUUCACUGAAAUUCUCAUAAAGAUUGUAAAUCUCAUCAAAGGUUUUUUCCAUAAAAGCUCUUUCACAUAUAAAAUCAACCAUAUUUCUAUGUUAUUCUAAUAAUCCAUCAUAAAAAAUUCUAUUGAGUUAUCACUUAGGUAUAGCAUAAUGAAGACACUUUCUAAGUAAAUCUUUGAAUUUUUCCCAUGUUUCAUUCAAAGUUUCUUUUAGUCUUUGAGAAAAACUUUAUAUAUAUUUUCUCAUAUUUUGAAUUUUUCCUAGAGGAUAAAAUUUUGAAGAAAACCUAUUCUAUGUCUUUCUAACUAGUUAAUUCUCUAUCUAAUGUGGAUAGCCAAUGACUAACUUUGUCCCUACGUGUAUGAAGAAAUAAUUUCAUCUUAAUAAAAGUUAGAAGAGUCAUAAUUGAAUGAAGUAUAGCUUGUUAAAUUUAAAUUGUAGAAAUUAUUACUAAAUGAAGUAGAAAUUAAGUUGAAAGUAGAAAGUUAGAGUUACAUUGUCGCGACGUUGAUGCGUCAGUGAUGCACCAGAAUCCUAAUUAUUCAAGAGAACUAUCAUGUAGUGUCUAAAGCCUCGAAGUCUCUCCUUGGAUAAGGACAAUGUGGACAAUCUCUAGAUCUCCUUACAAAGUCUAGAGAUCAAUAAAAUAGGUCGUCGAAUUAUUUUUGACAGUUGUCAUUUGACAGAGUAGAAAAAUAACAAGUUUGUAACUUUUUGGUGGUUGUCACCUAACAGAGAAGAGCUAGAUAGAGCUAAGGCACGUGUCAGGGAGCUUCAUCCUCAAGUUUACACAACAAGAAGAGGCUCUUCAUUGCAUCAGGUAUGCUCUCAAGAGGUGACGACUCAUCUCUUUACGGAUUGUCCUCUUGUCAACGACAACUUGUUCAUCGAUCAAUCAGAGAUGAUUUAUUUGAUGGAUUCACAAUCCUUUUACUAUGAAUCGUCUAGCAAUUUUACUAACAAUACUCCAUGAAUUGUGUUGACGAGAUUUUCACCAAUGAUCUAGUGAUUUUGGUGGCCUAAUCUUUCACCGGUAAUUUGUAAGAAAGUUGUGAUAAUCAAAUAAAAAUAUAACUUUUGACUUUAGGAGGAUUCAAACCCGUGCUAGGUGCCUGCCUACAUGAGAGAGAUUAAAAUACAUACCCUAAGGCCCUUAUUAAGUGACAUCAUCAUGGUAUAUCUCUAUUAUAACUAAGGGGUAAUUUAGGUAGUAAAGUCUUCAAAGCCUUUUGCAGGAAGGUGUGACACGAGUUUAGUCUGACAUUACUUGUGCGUCAAGGUUUUAGGUGAAUACAUAGUAAUAUCAUAUUUGCAAACAAUAUAUCCCUUUCUCCCGUGUGUACGACCACUCUUUGUCCCACAAUUGGUUGGCCACUAGUGACGUGGAAGGGGAGUGGCACAUAUGUGUCCCCAUCGACUCUAGCCACUCAAGUGCCCCUACUCCUAGCUCCCCUCUAUUGUACUUCUGACCUACUUGUGGGCUCGGUUGACUAAUGGGUCCCCUCAUUUUACUAUGUUUUUAUUUUAAUUUCUUUUUCUUUAUUUAUCUCAAAAAAGGACUAUAAAAAUUAUAUAAAUUCGUAGAAAAUUACAUAAUUAACCAAAAAUUUAUGUUAAUCACUUUUCAUAAUUUAACAUAAAUAUAAGUCUAUUUAUCAUGAGAUAAGACUAAAAAUAUAAUAUUUACUAAUUAUUAACUUAUGAUAAUAAUGACUUAUAAGCUCACUAUCAGAUCUAACUUUAGUCUAUUACAUGGCAAUGAAGCAUUAAAUGCUCGAACUUUAGUAUGAAAUUGAAUUCAUUAUUUUUUCAUCAACAAGUAGAUUCUUUACUUUAAUUGUUAGCUCUUUGCUUGUAGGCAUGUGCCACUUGCAUUGACGAAAGCACUGGAUGUCUAGGCUUAGUUUAGUAAACGUCAGGUUCCCUCGAUGAACUCAACAGCAUUAACUAUUAUUUUUGGAAAUAUCGAAUGGAAAUGUUUAAAACCAGACUGCCGCCCAUCUCCUGGAACGAAUUGACGCGGUCCCAGGAAGCAGGCAAACACGCGCGUAGCCUAUUUGUGAGGACAGCAGGAAUAAACUUUUUCAGCACUAGGCGACUGCCGUGCUCUUUUAUUUCAUACGAUUUAUUUAUGGGGGGCCGUCAGUACACACAUGAUGAGAGCACUAACUGGAGGCGAGUUCAGUAGACAGCACUCAGCCAACAUGACCACGCUCAGCACAUUAUGCGGAAGCUGUUAUAGGCGUAGGGAGAGCAACGGCGGACGUCCCUGCCGACGGAGUCAUAGGAGCCUUGGCAGUUCGACCCGCGGUAGAGCCUACCCACCUGGCCCCCCGAGUAGUCGAAGAAGUAGCCUCCCUUGUAGCCGGCGAGGUUGUAGCACGCACCACAUCCCCACCUUCUGCGGUUCCCACUGCAACCCGACUGCGAAUAACCCGUCAUGCUGCUGGCUGACGCCGGGGCGACGGCGACGGCUACGAUAAGCAACAGGAGUACGGCAGCUGCCGCGGCGACCGGGGUCUUGCAGGCGGCGGCCAUAUCCUUUCUUAG